CGCAAACACAAAAUCCCUUCUCCAUAGCUGAAAUCUCGUCUUCUCAUCACCACCUAGAACCCAUACCAGGUUCACAUCAGUAGAUCUUUCGCUAUCACAUCAGUAGAUCAUACCAGGUUCACAUCCGAGCAGAAGCUUCAUUGUUUUUCUCAAGUCUCUAAUUUGAGAGGUGAUUAAUGUUUCAUCACCCAACACCCCCGGGCUACGUAUGCUUCAAGGAAGAAAGCAGUUAAAGGUCCUUGUGAAGAAGGUACAAGCUGCUCGUGAUGAAAUGCAAUGGGGUGAAGAGGGCCCUCCUCCAUUGCUCGUGAAAAUCGCUCCAGAUUUGUCUAAAGAAGAUCUCGAAGAUAUUGCUGCAGUGGCCCUUGCCCUUCGCUUGGACGGAUUGAUUAUAUCAAACACAACUGUUUCAAGACCAGACAGAAGACUCUGUUAGUAGAAACCCAGUGGCUUCUGAAGCUGGUGGCUUGAGUGGGAAACCACUAUUUGAUACCUCUACCAGACUCUUAAAGGAUAUGUACCUGUUGACAAGGGUACGUUGGCUUUUCGUAUAACUUGUUAUUCAUGAUGUUUACACUGAGGUAGAGUGUACAUAGAACUUGAGAUUGCACUUUUUGGUUCAUUUUGAAUAUAUGAAUCAGAGCUCGAAACUUUUUGACUUGUUAUCUGUUAU